CGGUUCCUCCCAACCGCCGCGCCCGGCCGUCCUGGCGGAGUGUCGCCGAGCCACGAGCCUGCGAGGAGCGCGCCGCCCGCCCGGUCCCCGCGCCUGGCCCAGCGCUCCCGCGUCCCGGAUCGGCCACCAUGGCCAGCGAGGAGCUGGCGCGCAAGCUGCAGCGCCGGCUGCGGCUCGAGGAAGCUGAGGAAGGCGGCCCGGGCGGCCCCCAGCCUGCGACCCUCGCGCUGCCCGCCCCGGGGCCGCAGCCCGAGCCCGAGCCCCAGCCGGAGCCCGAGCCGCCCGCCCGCGCGCCCCCGGCCAGCGCCGACGCGGAGCUGAGCGCCCAGCUGAGCCGGCGGCUGGACAUCAACGAGGGCGCGGCGCGGCCCCGCCGCUGCAGGGUCUUCAACCCCUACGCCGAGUUCCCCGCGUUCAGCCGCCGCCUCGUCAAGGACCUGGAGGGCAUGUUCAAACUGUAUGAUGCUGGACACGACGGCUUCAUUGACCUGAUGGAACUGAAGCUGAUGAUGGAGAAGCUGGGGGCCCCCCAGACACACCUGGGCCUGAAGAGCAUGAUCAAGGAGGUGGACGAGGACUUCGACGGCAAGCUCAGUUUCCGGGAGUUCCUGCUCAUUUUCCACAAGGCCGCGGCAGGGGAGCUGCUGGAGGACAGCGGGCUGAUGGCGCUGGCCAAGCUCUCCGAGAUAGACGUCGCCCUGGAGGGCGUCAGAGGUGCCAAGGACUUCUUCGAAGCCAAGGCCCAGGCCUUGUCAUCUGCCAGCAAGUUUGAAGCUGAAUUAAAAGCAGAGCAAGAUGAACGGAAGCAGGAGGAGGAGAAGAGACGGCUCCGCCAGGCAGCUUUCCGGGAACUCAAGGCUGCUUUCAGCGCAUAGUCCAGCAGACCUUGACCUCUGUCCACAGCUGUGCCUCUACGAUGCCUGGGAAGGGGUGACCCCACAUCUUCAACCUUCAGGCCCCCCCAGAACCAGCCUCCUCCUGGGCCCCAGGCCUCUCCUGAGCCUCACGGGGGUGGCCAGAGGCUGCCCCCACCCUGUCCUGCCCUCCCAGAGGGUCAUGGGAUGGCCAAACCCCGCUUGCUCACUUCUCUGUCCCACUUCCCUCCUCUGCCCUCCCCUGCAGCUGGGUUCAGCCUUCCUUUCCCUUGUCGCUCUACCAUUCCGCACCAGCGAGGCGUCUCUUGUGUUCAUUUGUACAGAUAUUCUUUCUUCUGUGGUCCUUAGAGGACAGGCGAGCUAGCCAUUUUCUUGGGAAGUUCUUCUUUCCUCCCUUUGUUUCCCAGCCCAUUCCUUUCUUGGUCAGAAUCUGCCAGUUGCUUCUGUGUGAUCUUCUGGGGUGGUGGCAAGAUCCAGGGGUGGCAGCGCUGCAUUCCCCUGCUCCGGGGCUGCCCCGGGGCCAUCUCCCACACCUAAGUGCUGUGCUACUCCCUCUGAGAAGGAAAGCAUCACUAGAAGCAAUGUCGAUGAGUAGAGGAUUCCAGAUCAGGCUGACUGUGCAGAGCAUGUUACAUGAACCGCUUACAUUCCCAGGAGGUCAGGGUCACAUCCAGUGCCUUUUGAAAUCCCAAAAGUCAUGGCCAUCCUCUCUCUCCAUUAGCCCGUUUCCAACCCCUGCUACAAGGUGUCGAGGUAGAUAUGUUCUUACCCCUGUGAUAGUUUUUCUAUCUGGUGAGUUCUUGGGAUUGCUCACAUAGACCAGGCUCUUGUAUUUUUAAAAAAUAUCUUUCCUAUUGUCAUAUUUAUUACUUCUCUUUUGUAACUUCUCUCUUCAGGGUAAAGAAACCAUCUGCACUUCUACCUUACAGCUGUUUCUUUUUAAAUAAACUAUGCAAAUGAACUUGGCCAUCA